CACUCUUUCAUCAGAUGAUUUUUAAAAUAAAUUAGCAAUUUUCUAGGUGUAAACUUUUUUUGGACUCACACUGCAUAAUGGCGUUGCGUCAGGGUAUUCCCCUCGUGCGAUAUAUGAUGUCAUCGAUCGGUGUGUGAGUCAGUGUAUUGGGUUUUGACAGAUGUUUUAUUUAUCUGGUACGCGGUAUAUAUAUACAGGUCCGCGUUUGAAGAAACCAUAUUUUACGUCCACAUUGGCCAUGCACACACACCAAACCUGCUUUUAGUUCGAUAAUUCUUCAUAUGCUUUAGACCCUACACAUCAUUUUCGCAGGUUACAGGGGUUACAGCAGUCUUUCCAAGAUCUUGGAACAAUGGAAGAGGAACCUGAAGAAACACUAUAUGGGCGUGCAAUUUUGUUAUCCGAGAAAAGCCCAUGGGAAAAUCCAAAGGCUUUUUCAGGAUUGGAGGAGAAAUCAGAAGAAGUUGCCGCUCCAGAAGAAGAGGAUACAUCUAAUAAGGGAAAGGAUAGCUGGUCACCUACAUGUUCAAAUAAGAAGCGCAUACACAAGACAUGGAUAGACGAGCUAGCAAAAGACGAGCCAACAAAAAUCGAGCACAAGUACAUGUACAUGUGGAUGUCCUUUCUAAUGCUUAUGGUAAUAAGUGUAUCAGGAGCUGAUGGAAAAGUUCAUCUUCAACGGGGGAACUUCAGGAAAACUACCAUAGCGGCCGAUGAGACUCAAAGAGCCACCGACCCGGUUUUCAAACCGCUUAAUGACUCGGUCUUCUCCAUCUUUGCGAGAGGCGGACAUGACCCCGAAAGAUAUGAAUGUACUUCAGAUUUUGUGUCAAAAAAUCGAAGUUGCACUAUAGUUGUAGGGGACAGGAGUAAGGCUGAGUGUGAGGGACUUCGGAUCUCUGGGAAUGGAUCUCACACUUACAUUGCCGUAGAUGGGUCAAAACUGAUUCACGACCUCACAAUCUUCUGCAUCUACCAACAAGUACCUUCAGACUACUCCCUGUACUUUCUGGAGGUGUCCAAGAUUCAAGAGCAAGCUUCUGAUUGUACAUCCUGGAGGAAUGCCUUCAUCGUCGUCAUACCACUUCUGAUCAUCAUCAUGCCUUGUAUGACCUUAGCUAUCCAAUACAUCUAUAAGAGAAACAAAUCAAUGAAACGAUGACACUGAUCAAGAUGGGAUCCUGACAAGACUUGAUGGAUGAACGGUUAUGCUCAAGCUGAACGGGAGAAGGAGCCUUUACAGUUCAAGGACUUUUUUUUG